AUGGAGCUGGGGCUCGCGGGCCGCCGGGCGCUAGUUACCGGGGCGGGAAAAGGCAUUGGACGCAGUACGGUCCAGGCGCUGCACGCAGCGGGCGCGCAGGUUGUGGCCGUGAGCCGCACCCAGGCCGACCUGGAUAGCCUGGUCCGCGAGUGCCCUGGCAUCAACACCGUGUGUGUGGACCUGGGCGACUGGGAGGCCACAGAACAGGCUCUGCACGGCGUGGGUCCUGUGGACCUGCUGGUGAACAAUGCUGCGGUGGCCGUGCUACAGCCCUUCCUGGAGAUCACCAAGGAGGCAUGUGAUGUGUCUUUCGACGUGAACCUGCGUGCUGUCAUUCAGGUGUCCCAGAUCAUGGCCAAGAGCCUGAUUGCCCGGGGAGCCCCAGGGGCCAUUGUGAACGUCUCUAGCCAGGCCUCCCAGCGCGCCUUGGCCAACCACGGCGUGUACUGCUCCACCAAGGGUGCCAUGGACAUGCUGACUAAGGUUAUGGCCCUGGAGCUUGGGCCACACAAGAUCCGUGUCAAUGCAGUGAACCCCACAGUGGUGAUGACACCCAUGGGCCAGGCCAACUGGAGCGACCCUCAGAAGGCCAGGGCCAUGCUGGACCGCAUCCCACUGGGCCGAUUUGCUGAGGUAGGGCAUGUGGUGGACAGCAUCCUGUUCCUACUGAGUGACCGCAGUGGCAUGAUCACGGGUUCUACUCUGCCGGUGGACGGGGGCUUCCUGGCCACCUGA